AUGCUUGGCUCCUUCCCAGAUUUGUUGAAACAAAUUUCCAAAAAAAACGUUGAAGAAUUGAAAACUCUGGAAAAUCAGACCCGUUUGCCCCGGUUUGAUUAUAACAUCGCUUUCGAACUCGGACUGAAAUUGCGAGAAUGGGCGAUUGAGCUGUUUCCAUCUAAGUCAAUGGUACUCGAUAUUUCUUUACCAUCCGGACAGUGUCUUUUCCACACUACAACUAAUAAAGACACCUCUUUCGAUAAUGAUAUAUGGGUAGCGAGAAAGAAAAAGACCGUUACGAGGUUUGGGUGUUCCAGUUUUGUAAUGGGUCAGAAGCUAAAGGCAAAGAAGAUGGAUAGAAUGGAGGAUGCUUUUUACAUUGAUUCCAAAGAAUAUGCUGUCCAUGGUGGUUCAAUUCCAGUUUAUGUGGAUGGAAUCGAUUCUUUGGUUGCGAUAUUGACAGUCAGCGGCUUGAAGCAAGAAGAAGACCACACUUUUGCUCUGACGGCUAUCGCAGAAUUUGUCAAGUCAUUAGAACCUUCUGAGCUGGACUUGGAUUGA